CGGCUCACCUUCAUUCAGAUGUUUACAUAAUGACGCUGGCCAAAUCGCCGAGGUGAAAGUUUGCGCUGCAUGUGGAAAUGUAAAUGUGGAAAAUGUAAAUGAAAAUGUUUGCCGAUAUGCAACAGGUUUAGUGGAUUCGAUUUGCCCAAAAUCAUUUGGCACAGGGCAAAGUUCAAAAAGUGACUCACUGACUCAGUUAACCGUAAAAACUUUGCUGUUAAUCGGAGGUGAAAGCGCGGAGACGGAGGAGAUGGCGCUGCGUCGGUUUCUGGGUUACGGCGUUGUGGGUGCCGGACUGGUCUCCGCCGGCUGGAGCCUGCACACCAACGACUACGACCCCAACUCACUGGGCAUCGUCCGGCUGUCUCGAUCCGCCGCCGCCGUCGUGGAUGUGGCACUCACCUACAAGCGGGAGCUCUACUACAGGAAAUGGGACAAGGAGACGCCCGAGUACAAGGCCGAGAAGAGCCGUGUCCACAAGAUAGCUGCCGAGAAGCUGCUCCAGUUGAUCUGCAUCAACAAGGGCGUCUAUAUUAAGGUGGGUCAGCACAUCGGUGCAUUGGAGUAUCUGCUGCCCAAGGAGUUUGUGCAGACCAUGAAGGUUCUGCACUCCGAUGCGCCGCAGAACCCCAUCGAGGACCUGUACAAGGUGAUCAGGCAGGAUCUGCGCUGCAAUCCGGAGGACAUAUUCGACAGCUUCGAGCGGGAGCCACUGGGCACUGCUUCACUCGCCCAAGUACACAAGGCCCGCCUUAAAAGCGGCGAGGUGGUGGCGGUCAAAGUGCAACAUCCCUACGUCAAGGGCAACUCCCGAGUGGACAUGAAGACCAUGGAACUGGCUGUCAAUGUGCUGGCAAGGAUAUUCCCUGACUUUAAGAUUCACUGGCUAGUAGAGGAGUCCAAGAAGAACCUGCCCAUCGAACUGGAUUUCCUCAACGAGGGACGCAAUGCCGAGAAGGUGGCUAAGCAGUUCGAGAAGUACUCCUGGCUGCGGGUGCCCAAGAUCUACUGGAAAUUCAGCUCCUCACGCGUCCUAGUCAUGGAGUAUCUGGAGGGUGGUCACGUCACGGACCUGGACUACAUAAGGCGGAACAAAAUUGACACCUUUGCGGUAGCCAAUCGCAUUGGGCAGUUGUACUCCGAGAUGAUCUUCCGCACUGGCUUUGUGCACAGCGAUCCGCAUCCAGGAAACAUCCUGGUGCGGCGCACGCCAAAGGACAGCCUGGAAAUCGUUCUGCUGGACCAUGGACUAUAUGCCAACCUAACGGACAAGUUCCGAUACGAUUACUCCAAUCUCUGGCUGAGCAUCCUCAACGUGGACCGCAAAGCAAUGCGGCUUCAUAGUGAGCAGCUGGGCAUCAAGGGCGAUCUGUACGGUCUGUUUGCGUGCAUGGUGACGGGACGUCCUUGGGAGACGGUGAUGCAGGGCCUUACCAAAGUCAAAUAUUCCAAAGAAGAGAAGAAUACGCUGCAGAACAACACGUCGCUGGUGCUGCCGCACAUUUCCGACGUUCUAGAGCAGGUGGACCGCCAAAUGCUGCUCAUUCUGAAGACCAACGACUUGAUUCGCGGCAUUGAGUCCACGCUGCGCACCCAGAACCGUAUGACCGCAUUCUGGGUCAUGUCGAAGUGCUGUGUGCAAUCCUCCUACGCCGAACAGCGAGCGCAACAGGCUGCCUCCGGCUCCUCGCGAAUCCUUUGGCUGCGGGUGCGCGAGCGAUGGGAGCUUUUCAAGCUUAACUGCUACUACCUCUACUUGGGACUGAUUAAUUUUGGUUUCCUCAAAGCACUCAAGCAGGUCAUUUAGUCUUAAUGUGGUUCCCCAAUUAAAAGUACAAAACUCUGGACGAGCCUGGAAAGGGAAA